AACAAAUUCUAUGCCUGAUAUCUUACCACAAUUAAAAAGAACUUGUGAUCAAUGUCAAGCUAUUAUUCAAGUUUGUGGAGAUCAUAAAUCUUAUUCAACAUGUCCUGGAUGUCUUAAAGUAUUCAAAAUAUGUACUAAAUGUGCUACUAUUGAUCAAAUAUUACAAAAACUAAAAUAAUAAAACACAUAGUUACAGAUUAUAUUUGAAUUUAUGAAGAAUAUUUUCUAUUAAUAUUA